UUUUUUUUUUUUUAAACGAAAUAGAAAAUAAAAAAAAAAAACAAUCAUGUCUAACACUGAAUAUGGAACUGUAAAUACUCAAGAUGAAGAAGCUCCUUUACUUCAUACUCAAGUGGAACAAAGUCGUUGGGAAUUCAUCAAGGAAAAGUUGCAUCUCCAUGGUCAUCGUGUAUUGAUUAGUUGGAUUAUUGUUCUUUCUGUUACUGCCGUACUUACUUUGAGUUUCCAUUUUGCUUUGAAAGAACAUCAUCCUCCUGUUGAAGGUGAUGAUCUUUUGAUUCAAUGUGUAUCCGAUCGUAGCUGGUUUGUUGCUCUUCUCUUGUCUAUCUUUGUUGGUCCAUUUGGUGUUGAUCGAUUCUAUCUUGGUUAUGUAUUCUGGGGUAUCAUCAAAUUGUUGACUGGUGGUGUCUUUGGUAUCUUGUACGUUGUGGAUAUCAUUUUGAUUGCUUUGAAUGUCUUGCCUGAUCAUUUUGGUUGUAUCCUUCAUUAGUGUAGUUUUAUUUAAACAAAAAUUGUAUAAUAAAGUAUAUAUGAAUGAUUCUUUUUUUUUUUUUUA